AUGGAUAAUCAAGCUGUGGUAAUUCGGGAAUUGACGGUUAAUUCGAAAACGGCUUUCCGCUUUGCCAACGUCACUAUCACGUGCGAGAUGGAAAAUACGUUAUCGUCAACGGAACAAGCAACGUUUGACGUUCGAAUACCGAAAUCAGCAUUCAUAACCAGUUUCGUCAUCAACUUGUCAAAUAGAACAAUUGUAGCUGAAAUAGAGGCCAAUGAAGAUGCAUCGAAGAUCUUUAGUGAUGCUGUUUCCAAGGGUUCCACUGCUGGGCUGGUUAGUCAACAGUCGCUGUCCGAUGAAUUUGACCGUGACGCUUUUAACAUUGAAAUUAGUUUAGCAGCCAGGUCAACGGUAAUUUUCGUGUUACAAUACCAGGAGGCGAUUGAGAAACGUGCCCAUAAAUACAUUCAGCGACUAUUUAUCGACACCGACAAAGCUGUGUCAAAUCUUGUCGUCACCAACGAAGUUCAGGAGAGGGAAGGGUUUAAAACCUUCAACUACCAACCACCGACAAAAAACGCCAUACUAACACCCGUAAGUAACACAUUGUCUGUCCAUGGUGUCCAUACCAAGAAGAUUUCAUGGCGACCAGAAGCCGGCCAAGACCUAUCAGGCUUCUCCAAAACAUUCCUUAUUGAGUACGAACUCGAUCAAAAAAAUGAAGGUGGAAACGUUUACAUCACCGAUGGAGGCGAAUUCGCACAUAUGUUCUCGACCACUUGUGAGGAAACCAAAAUUAUGGGAAAGAAAAUUAUGUUCGUUAUUGAUGUAAGUGGUUCCAUGGACGGCAACCCUAUUGCUCAGGUCAGGUCAGCGAUGAUAGAUAUCGUGAACAGGCUUCGGACAUACGACUUCUUCAAUAUAAUCCUUUUUAGCAGUCGUAACGCGAUGUGGAAGCCUUCUUUUGUACAAGCAACGGAUAACAGCAAAGCUGAAGCGAAGCGGCAUUUAUCAAACAAAUUACGUGCUGCUGGGGGUACUAAUAUCAAUUCUGCCUUAGAGGCUGCCAUUGAAGAGUUUGAAUCCGAAACGGAACCUUCAGUGGAAGAAAAUUACGGUCAAACUAUCUUCCUCCUUACUGACGGAUCAGCAACGGAUGGGGUGACUGGUACUGAUGACAUUUUAGCGAACGUACACAAACAUAAUAAAGAAGAUGGAAAAUGUUGCAAAACAACGAUAUUAAGUAUUGCAUUCGGGCAGAUGGCCGACGUUUAUUUCUUAAGACGACUAGCAAACGAAAAUAACGGUUCCUUUGUAAGAAUAAACGAAAUAGCAAAUGAGUGUUCGAGAAAUGCAAUACUGUUUUCAUAUGAAUCAAUUGCUAACCCUUCUUACAAAAACCUGAAAUUUGAGUUUUUAAUCAAAGGAAAUGGUGACACGAAAGUUCCCUUUGAGAACCUCACACAAACAUCCUUCCUGCAGUAUGACUGUGGUAGUGAACUGAUCGUGGGAGGAUGGACGAAGCCGGGGUCCAUCAUCAUCCCGCGCGUGGAUGCCCUUGGGAUGACAGACCGGGUCGCCUUUACUGCUGUACCCUCCAUUUUAACCACAGGUAUAGACGCCGCAUUUAUACAAAGACUUGUUCAAUAUAAGAAACUCAAAGAACUCAUUCAGAAAUACGAGGCGUUGCCGAACGAUUCUCGCGUUAAGAAUGAGGCGGAACGUUUCCUUGUUAAAGUUUCAAAGGAACAGAAUUUUGUUACGCAGUUUACAUCCCUAGUUGUCACGGAUAUCCGAGAACCGUUGCCCUCAAACGGAAUACAAACUGGCAAAAUAGGCGGAAACCAAGCCAUCAAGAGAAAUAAGAUGGCUGCUGACCUAUCCAUUGGGACCCUUACCACACUGAAUUACGACUACAUUGACUACGUGCAUGAUAUGGCGGAACAAGGGUAUUCCUCAGCGACUCCUACAUAUACAUCUCCCCUUGUAGUGUGUGCCGUUCUUAUUAUUUCUGCAUUUGGGUCAUUUUAG